AUGGCUAAAACCGUCAUUGCGUUUGAUCUCUACGGCACAUUAUUGUCGACUGAGUCGAUUGCAAAUGAGCUGGCCAGGGUCUAUGGCGAGGAUGAGGCCAAAUUAAUCGCCACCCAGGCAAGGCGAUACCAGCUCGAGUACACCUGGCGUAUUAAUAGCAUGGACGAUGUAGCCUUUGACACUGGGGAUAUACAUUCAAGCAUGUUGCGUAGCACAAGCGGUGAUGCUACGCUGUUCACGCCGCGUCCAGUAACUGACGACCAGGUAGGCCUAUACCGAUCAUUCUCCGAGUUGACCAGACACUCUUUUCGCCAGGCAACUGCAGAAAUCGGCCUAGAACUUUCCAGGGACCAAGAGGAACGCAUCCUUGAUGCCUAUAAUGGACUAGACACAUUCCCAGAUGCAGACAAGGGUCUCGCGCUUGUGUCGCAAACGCCUUCUCUUAAACCGUAUAUAUUUUCCAACGGAACAAUGGCGAUGAUUACUUCUUCGCUCAAGACCUCGCCAUCGCUGGCCAAGUCGGGAACGACAUUCUCAGAGUCUAAUAUUGUCAGUGUCGAUCCCCUCGGCGUGUUCAAACCAGAUCCUCGGACGUAUAGACACAUGGUUGAGAUGGCUGGUUUGACACAUCAGUUGGACAAGGUCUGGCUUGUGAGUUCGAAUCCCUUUGAUGCUGCGGGUGCUGUUGCCGCCGGACUGAGGAGCGUUUGGGUAGGCCGACAGGGAACUGGGUGGAUUGAUGGACUGGGCGGUGCGCUUGGUGUCAGUCCAACGGCAGUCGUUGGGAGCGUUGAAGAGGCUGUGAGAGAGAUUAUCAGGUUAGACGGUUUGGAUUAG